GUGAAAGGUCACGACUGGAGUAAACCAUGGAUGCGGUAUGUAAUCAAGUGCUUGUAUCAAAAACGUGACAGAGUCGUCGGACAAUAUAGACUCCACAUUUUCAAAGAAAGCCGUUCGUGGUUGGAAGGAUUAUAGAUCUAGAUCUAAUUGGCCACAAGGGUUAAGUGAAGAUGGAUUCAAGUAUCUUCAGCAUCCAAUCAAACUGACAAGCUUCAUUCUGUUGAAGAUGCUAGCAUUCAACACCUUAGUUGUGUAUAUUACAAAGUAAUAUGUCUGCCAUGUAUAAAAGCUUGUCCAGUAUCAAGCAGUCCAUCCCCUUAGAAAUAUCCAAACUAUCACACUUGCCUAGGCCAGUCAAAUGGACUGCGUUGAGUUUAACCCUAGGCAUAGCCUUGAUUGGUACAUUAGCAAUGUUUUUUAGGAAGCGUAGAAAACGUACUCAGAUGAUUCAGAAAAAACUCGAGGCUAAAAAUCAGCAACGCAAACAGAACACAUUAGCCAAUCACACAUCCCACACAGAAAGCAACCAUGUGAACAAAGCCCAAACUUCUGGUGGAGCAUCAGCGCUGAAUAGGUCGACCUUGUCUUUCAGAAAGUUGAGAAGCUCACACCUGACCAAAACUCAAACACCUAAUGGAGAUGCCAAAACAAAACUGGUUUCAAGCAGUGUGGAUGGCAGCAACUGUGGCAGUGGAGAUGUGGGCAACUUGUUGAGGCAGAGGGCGCUGUCAGCAUCCAUGAACAGCCUGGGGGGCGUGUCCAACAACUCGAGCUCCUCCACCAUCACACACUCAGGACUGGACACAGCCAACAUGACCAGUGCUGAUUUAUGCCAGCUAGGUAUGGAGAAUCUCUCUUUAGCUAUUUCGUAUUGGGAGGAUGCAGUGAUGAAGUUGUCCUAUCUAGAUGAUCAGCAGGGUCAGCAUUCUGUCUUAGCAAUACCAGACGAAGACACAGCAAACCUCCAACACAGACUAGAAAAUCUGUUGGACCUGGCCUACCGCAUGCAAGACAACUACGAGCGUCUCUGUGAACGUCAGGUUGAAUCCAUCGCACUAGAAUCUGCGCUGGCUGUGCUAACAGAGAGGGACAGGGACCGCAGCUUUGAUGAGGACUCUAGUGACCAGGAGUCUUUUGUCUCGGCCACUGAUAUGGCCCACCUAACAGAUCUAGAUUUCAAUCGUGAUAUAUUACAUCACGUGCCGCUGUACGAAGCUGGGAUGCUAGAGUUGAAGUAUGGGAAUGUUCCAUGUCGGACAAUCAGACCAGAAAUGGUUCAGUGUCUCUCAGAUGUUGAGUUUUUGGCUAAACUUCAUGGCAUUCGUUUGGCCUUCCAGUGCAUCUUUCAAGAGGAAGGUAAAAAAGAUUGGUUCAAGGCCAUGGGUAAAAAGUUGGUUGGUGACCUCAUGAUCAAGGCCGACAAGGAUGUGGAAGAGUUCUACACCAGCUAUGAUAAAAUGAUGCAGUUCGUCAGUGUAGACUCCAACUGGCAGAUGAUUGAGGAGGAGCUUAGAGGAAGAGGGGUUCGGGUGAUGUCGUUUUAUGACAUAGUCCUGGAUUUUAUUCUAAUGGAUGCGUUUGAUGAUUUAGCCAACCCUCCGUCUACUGUGCUAACUGUUGUCCAGAACCGCUGGCUGUCUAAUGGUUUCAAGGAAACUGCUUUAGCCACUGCUGUAUGGUCAGUCUUGAAGGCAAAGCGGAGUUUGUUGAAGUUCAACGAUGGUUUUAUUGCUCACUUUUACUCCAUCUCUGAACACACAAGUCCUAUGUUAGCCUGGGGAUUUUUAGGGCCAGACUCAGAACUCAAGGAGAUGUGCAACUACUUCAAGAAUCUGGUGCUGGGGUUUAUCCGAGAUAUCUUCAGCUUUGACAAAGUUCGCUACACAACAGUGGAGAGUCUGGCGGAGGACAUCCUGCGGCUGGCGGAGCAGCAGAGCGAGACGGCAGCGGAGCGGCUCAAGUCUGGCAGUCCUGACCUGACACCUGUGGCGUCAUACUGCUGACAGUAGCACCUGAGUGGGUGCACCUGUAGCAGUAAUAUUGAUUGGGUACACCUGUAAUAUGGGCUGAUUGGUACACCUAUAGCAUUGAUUGGGUACACCUGUAAUAUGGGCUGAAUGAUUGGGUACACCUGUAACUUUGGUCAAUUUAUAGGAUAUAAUGAUACAAUAGAUUUUCUGUAGAUAAGUAGCAUAUUCUAGUGUAUUUAAAUGACAUGAAGGUUGUUGAGUUUUGAUGGAAGGCAGCCAACAUUUGAUUAGACUCUGACCAGGUUGAAUCACUUUGUUUACAAACUUGAAGACACAUCACAAACUUGAAGACACAUCACAAACUUGAAGACACAUCACAAACUUGAAGACACAUCACAAACUUGAAGACACAUCACAAACUUGAAGACACAUCACAAACUUGAAGACACAUCACAAACUUGAAGACACAUUACAAACUUGAAGACACAUCACAAACUUGAAGACACAUUACAAACUGUUUUAAUGUUGACUUAUGGACCAGCUGUUUUUUAUCUUGGUACCAAGGUUAGAGUGAAGUUAGUGCUAUCUCAAGCUGGCUCCAUGUGUGCCCUAUGUUGUAGUCAUUGACCACUGUCUUGACCACUUGUUCUUGUACUACUGGACUCAUCCUGUUAGACAGGAUCUUUGUAUUGCAUGCUGUAGGCUGUAGCAGUUGGUCCAAACUAAGAUGUUAGAGCAAAUACAAUUUGUUGUGUCACAGCCCAUGGAUGUGUAUCACUUCAGGUCACAGCCCAUGGAUGUGUAUCACUUCAGGGUUGCUGGAUUUGUCACAUUUUGAAUGCAUUGAUCCAGAUUUUUGGACCUAGAUAAGUAGUACCUGCUGACUCAUGGCACUUGAGUGUGUAGCUACUGUUAACAAUGAUAGGCUCAUGGCACUUGAGUGUGUAGCUACUGUUAACAAUGAUAGGCUUAUGUUUUAUCUGAUAGAUAUUGGUGGAACUUGUGAUAGACGUACUUGAUGGGACUGAUUGGCUCAUGAGUUAUGGGAUUCACAUAGGAAAUUGUAGCCACAUAAUGUGCUUUUGAAAAUAUUGGUGUCCAUUUUUAAAGCUGUGAACCACGUUGAUGUGUGAUGUGAAUGACAUACACACUGAUGUGAAUGACAUUCACGCUGCUGUGAAAAAUUUGGUUGUGUUCAAAUAUUUUGUUUUAAUAGUCAGUGUCAAAUAUUUAGGUGAAAUCCUGCUUGAAGUUUGUUCAUCAAAGUGACACCACACAGGACAUCAAGACAGCGCUACUGGUGUUGGUGACACCACACAAGACAGCCCUACUGGUGUUGGUGUCACCAUGUAUCACAGUGUUUUUAUUUCCCCUGUUACUUGUUGUUUUAUGUACAAACAUUUUAACUAUAACAAAUGAGAGCACAAUUUUUAUAGAGAGUAUUUAAAAAGUUGGUUUUAAGAAAUGUAUAGUCAUCCUCAUUCAUGAUGUGGUCCAUGUUCUGUGGACAUAGAUUGUCAUUGAUAUCUUCUUACUUAUUUCACCAAUUCAUAUUUUGCUGUUACAUUUAUCAUAUGCCAAAGUUUAAAAAUCUGAUCAAAAACUAUUCAAUGUAAUUGUUAUUUCAAUGUUUUGAAGUUUUUCUGAUGUAAAUUUUGCUUCUGAUUGUAGCAUUAGAUAUGAACAAUUUUAAUAAAGUAGAACACAGUUGUAUUCUAUUCAUUUUUCUCUGCUAUUCAAAUAAAAUGUCUC